AUGGUUAAGAACGUUCUAUUGUUAGGAUCCGGGUUUGUUGCCCAACCAGUGGUUGAUUCCCUUGCUGCCGAAAAAGACAUCAAUGUCACUGUUGCUUGUAGAACAUUGGCAAAAGCUGAAGCAUUAGCUAAGCCAUCCAAAUCUGCUUCUGCUAGUGUUGAUGUGACCAACGAUUCUCAAUUGGAUUCCCUUUUGGAGAAAAACGAUUUGGUCAUCUCUUUGAUCCCAUACAUUUACCAUCCAAAUGUUGUUAAAUCUGCCAUCAGAACAAAGACAAAUGUGCUUACCACCUCUUACAUCUCUCCAGCUUUGAGAGAAUUAGAACCUGAAAUCAAGAAAGCUGGUAUUCUAGUUAUGAAUGAAAUUGGUUUGGAUCCAGGUAUUGAUCAUUUAUAUGCUGUUAAGACCAUUGAUGAAGUUCACAAAGUUGGUGGUAAGAUCAAGUCUUUCUUAUCCUUCUGUGGUGGUUUACCAGCCCCAGAAGACUCCGAUAAUCCAUUGGGUUACAAAUUCUCAUGGUCAUCUAGAGGUGUUCUAUUAGCAUUGAGAAAUACCGCUAAAUUUUGGAGGGACGGUAAAGUGGAAGUCGUUUCUUCUGAAGAUUUAAUGGCUACCGCUAAACCAUAUUUCAUCUACCCUGGUUUCGCUUUUGUUGCUUAUCCAAACAGAGACUCCACAGUUUUCAAGGAACUAUAUGAAAUCCCAGAAGCUGAGACUGUCAUUAGAGGUACUCUAAGAUACCAAGGUUUCCCUGAAUUCGUUAAAGCUCUUGUGGACAUUAACUUUUUGAGUGAAGACCCAGAAUCAGCUUUCACUAAGGCAUUGCCUUGGAAAGAAGCUCUAAAGCAAUUCCUAGGUGCUUCCUCCUCUUCUAAGGAAGAUUUGGUUAAGGUUAUCGAUUCAAAAACUAAAUGGCAAAGUGAAGAAGAUAGAGCAAGAAUCUUGGCAGGUUUCAACUGGUUGGGUUUCUUCUCUGAUAUUCUAAUAACGCCUAAGGGUAACCCUCUAGAUACCUUGUGUGCACGUCUAGAAGAAUUAAUGCAAUACGAAGAAGGUGAACGCGAUUUGGUGGUACUACAACACAAAUUCGGUAUUGAAUGGGCUGAUGGUUCCACUGAAACUAGAACUUCCACUUUGGUUGACUACGGUAAGGUUGGUGGUUACAGUUCUAUGGCUGCUACCGUCGGAUACCCAGCUUCUAUCGCAGCUAAGCUAAUCUUUGAUGGUGUCAUUAAGGGUUCAGGUCUAAGAGCUCCAUACUCUCCAGAAAUUAACGAUCCAAUUAUGAAGAACUUAAAGGACAAAUACGGUAUCUACAUGAAGGAAAAGACAAUCGCUUAA